AGCGCUAAGGAAAAAGUCUGGAAACGCAAUUUUUCACUUUACUGAUGAUUUCUUUGAAAUGAUGGUUAAACCAAAGACGCAAAUGGACUUAAAAGUAAUUAUUUCUGAAAUUAAUGACUUUAGGAGUUUUCAAAGCGCUCAUUGGAUAUAAUUAAUCUACAAUUCGAAUUGGACUAUUUGUGUAAUUUAUGGAAUUUCGUUUUAAAAACAAUUUGGUGAUGUGAACUGUGUAAUGGCCAAUAUCUUGGUCUAGAUGCUUGUUUGGUCAAAAAAAGUCAUUAAGCGGAUUGAAUUCAUGUGUUGAUAAUUUAGAAACUGGUUGAUAUGCAAAUGGAUUUGGCAGUAACAUAUAAUUUAUUACUCCGCUAAUUCAGGGUGUUCCAAGGUGUUCGGGAGACAAUUAAACAUUGAAAAGAGAUCAUCAUUAUCAUACUCGUGUGUAAAACAGGUCUGAAGAAUGGAUCAGCAUCACAUCUACCGUAUGAAUGUAUCUGCCUUGAAUCAAGGUUCGAGCACUUUUCAGCCAAAUUAUGACAUAUCUACGUAUUAUUCGAGACACGAUGAUUUUACUGGGCAAGUUUGCGAGUCAAAACUUUUGCAUCGUUCUCAGGCAUACUCCUUUCCAUACAAUUACGGACAUUUUUCGCAAAUGUGGAACGCUCCGCCGUUUCAUUCGAACUACCAGUUAUCAAAUCAUAUUCCAAGCUCAAAAUUAAAGAUGUAUUCAGAGGGUGUAGACACAUAUUCAGCGCUAAACGGAACCGAGAUAUCCGGACAGUCGUCGAAAUGGUACAAAAAUCCAGGCUUUCAUGAUGAAAGCCAUAACGUUUCUGGGAACAGUGACAGUAUAAGCAGACCUGUAGGUGUGACCGAAUGCUCGGGAGAAGAAGCUGACGUCAAGCAGACAGUAACAAGGGACGAUAACUCCACACAAGAGACACGGACAAAUGAUACUGGCUUCAUCAAGUUAGAUCUAUCUGUGAAACAGAGGAAGGAGAGAACAGCGUUCACCAAGCACCAGUUACGGGAACUAGAACGGGAGUUCUGUCAAAGAAACUACCUCUCGAGACUGCGUAGAUAUGAAAUAGCCGUCGCCCUGGAUCUGUCAGAGAGGCAGGUAAAAGUGUGGUUCCAGAACAGAAGAAUGAAAUGGAAAAGAGUUAAAGGGACACAACUUGUAAAAGACAAAGUUUCAGGAGAACUGAAGCCUGUUACUGUUAUUACUCCCCCUUCCGACGACAUCUCCGGAGCAUGCGCAGAAAUUAAAAUAACGCCACAAAUGGAAGAAAAUGACAAUUCUGCUAUACCCGUAGGGUAUUCUAGGAAAGAAUAUGACAUUUAAAAAAGACGUAUUAAACUCUCAUAAUUGAUAACUUUUUUUCUAACCAUUCCACUGAGUUUCUUACAAAGCUUAUCGUGCAUUUUGAAUAACAUUGUAUCAUUGACGUUGGAAAAUACAACUGCUUGUGUUUUAA